UUUUUAACGUUUUGAAGUAAAAUUACAAAUCACUUCGUAUCUUAGCAGCGUAACUCGAAGGUUAAAAGUGACGACCGAUUUUCACAGUAAAAUGAGGUUCAAAUUCUUAUCGGUGCAGCGGCGGUUUGACCGCAGCCCUAAUGUAAUCUAAUCUAAUCACAUUCUAUCUGUUAUUUUGAACAGGGUUGUGUCCUACGGUACAUACACGCUCGUGGACGUAGUGCACACAUAUAUAUUUCAUCAAUAUGUCUUCUAACCUUCAAAGGUGUCGCUUUUGGUAGCCGAUUAUUCUUCUCGCGGUGGCAAACGGCGCUUUCAAGCGAUUCCCGCUCGUUCUUCAGGCCUCGGCUUUUUUUAUCACAAGAAAAAAGCAACGAAUGUAUUUUCGUAAAAAUUAAGGGACAUGUCUGACGAUUUACUGGCGAAGGAGAAGGAGUUUCACCGGCUGAAUCGCGACCUUCAGCUGCGGACGCGCGACGCAAUGAGGACCGUCGAGUCGAUCAUACAUUCCGGCGAGAAUUUGUUCAGCGAUGCGAACCGAUCAAAUUCGGAGGGUGCUAAGACCGCGCGCUCCGAAGACGCAGCGUCGAGGGUGGACAAACAAUUGAGGCUGUCGUCGAUUAGAGUACCCGAAGCCUCGGUAGACUGUACCGGCGACGCUGAGAUUCCGAGGAAGGACAGUAACGUGGGAGACAAAGCUGUUAUCACUUUGCUGAAGGGCAAGAUAGAUAUGCUGUAUAAAAAGUUGCAAGUGGUGCAGCUCGAGUAUAACAACAAGUGCGAUUAUUGCGAAGAGUUAGAGGUGGAGAGGAAGAAGCUGGAUGACGUUCAAGUUAAACUGCGCAGCCAGAUAGGAACGUUAAACGAUACGGUUACGAAGUUGGAACGUGUGAAUUCGGAUACGCUGUUGGACUAUCAAGCUUUGAACAACGAAAAUAUUGUCUUGAAGAAGGACUUGGAAAGUCUUAAGAAAGAGACAAGAACGUUGAGUCAGCAGUCAACCAAUCUCGAUGUGAGAUUAAACAGAGCUCUGGAAAGCAACGAGAAACUCAGAAGUGCAUUAAAAUGCAGUCAAACAGACGAGAAGGAAUUGAGAAAUCAAGUCAGAAAGUUACAAGACGAUAAGAAAUUAGCCGUGAAAAAUUUGAAGAAACAGCGAGCGGAAUUGGUGCAAGCGUUUAAGAGACAGACGCUACUCGUAGACAAUUUGAAGAAACAAAACAUGCAUUUGAUGGCGAAUGGGCAAAUCAGCUUGACAAAGGAAGACUUUGCGAAAUUAUUAGAAUGGAAACCUCAGAAAGUGACCGAUACAUCGUAACAGCGUUUACGGUGAUGGCGUUUCUCUAGUCAGUCUAGUCAACAAUCUACAACCUGGGACCACUUUAAUCUCCUUUGAGGAGAGCCUUAAAUGCUCCUCUUUCGGGGUAACUUUGUAUAAAACAUUAAUCGAAUGACGGUAACUUAUAUACUGUGUAAAAGAUAAAAUUAAUCUCAUUUUAUAGCUUAUAUUUUACAGUAUUAUAUAUUACAGCACAAAUCAGAUUUGAUAUACAUCUUCUCGUAGGAAGCAUGUAUUUAUUUCACAUAUCAAAAUUAAGUAUAAUCGAUUCGAGACAUUUAAUACUCUUCGUCAAAAAAACUUAGAUUCGUGAUUCAUCAAAUAUCGUUACUUUUUAUUAAUAAUUCUGCGAACAUUUAUUACUUCAUUGUUUCCGUUCCAUUCCACAUGCGUGAUGUGUUUACAGCAAUUCAUCGACUUCAUAUAAAGUAGCAAAUGCAUAUCUGAUUAAAUAGACCGUAAAAGGA